AUCAGUUCAGGCAAUUCCCAAACAGUGGAAACAGUACUGUUUACGCUCUGCAUUUUCAGUCUUGUUUCAAUCCAAGGGCACAUUUGUCAAUAUCUGACCUAUAUUUUAGCAAAUUUGCAAGAUGGGCCUAAUAAAUGAAAAUGAUCCAUCUGCACCUUUUAGCCCGUAUAUUGAAAACUACAGGCCUAACAAUGACAGGUUAGUUCUGCUGGAGACUCCUGGAGUGCACUGAUAAUAAAUAAUGACUCAAUGAGACUGCUUAUUAUUGCACUCCUGAAUCUCCUGCCUAUGAUAUGACUAUAGACUAUGAAUAUGAAAAUGAAUGGUAACUGAUUGACUCUCAAUCACUUUUGUUUGAGUCACUGCUCUAAUCGGUGAUUUGUCUACCUACCUCACUUUCACCACACUGAUUCACUGAUUACUCACUCACUAACUCUGAACUAACUCCCUGUCCUGCCUUUAGGGUGCCUUUAGCUAGUCUACUAAAAGUCUACUUAGACUUAGUCCUUUAAUUUAUAAAGUAAAGUAGUACCUUAGACUUGGAUAUUAGUCUACUUUACUUAGCUUAGCCUACUGAGUCCUUUUUUAACAGUCUAGCUAGGUAGUGGCUAGAUCUUCAAAAAUAAAAAAGAAUAGAUUUGAUUAGACCUAAGCCUAAAUCUGGUUUCAAUAGGUUACUCAGUAAUACUAUUACUAAUAGAAAUAUGGAAAAUUUAAGUGAUCCAAUACCAUUCCAUCUGUAUUAUAAAUUAUAAAAGAAGAAAAACUUACUCUAGUACUAGUAACAACUAAUGACUAAACAAGGGGAUUUUACUCAUGUGGUGCUGGGCGGUUAAGUGAUUUUAACUGAGGAAAUUUUAAGUUUGUGAACUGGAGUUCAAUCUCCAGCAAAAGCCUAGACAAGCAAAAACAACACCAGUAACAUCUAAGAGAAGGCAAACUCUGAAAUUAAAUAUUGAGAUGGAGUCCUAUGACAUUGACACAAUGAAAUGUCCGACAACUCCUUCAAUGUGAAACUGUGAGCGCUUUAGAGCUCAGUGAGACACAAGGAAUACUGCUGGUCAUCCACUACAUCCUGGUCUAUUUCCAGUUGUCUUGCCAUUGGAACAAAUAGGCAAGAACGAGAAAGUGAGCUAGAUGAUAUGAGCAACUCUUCCUAACUUUUAACAAAAUACAGCUCACUUCAAGGCUACUAGCCUUUGUCAAAGCCGUUGUCAUCUUUGCAUGCGAAAGAGAAACAAUAACUCAUACAUAGAAACUUUGGGUUGUAUCAGUUUCUCUAAAUUAGCCUGUAAUAGUCCUUAAAUUAUAAUUUAUAAUCUAGCAAUCAAAUAGUCGUUUUUCAAAUUAGUUGUUUGAUAUAUAUAUCAUAAACAGACUAAUCAAGAAAGCUAGGAACGUAACACAAACUAAACAUCUUUCACUUGAAGAACUAUUUGAAGAAAGAUAUUAUUGUAAAACUAAACACAUUUUGGAUGAUACAUCCCACCCUCUUCAUCACAGAUACUUCGGAUCGGCCCGUUCGGGACAAAGUCUUUCCGUCAGGGCAAGGACUGAAAGAUAUAAAAAUUCUUUUGUUCCCCAAUCUGUACGAAUUUACCAGCGUCCACCACCUGAAUUCACAAAUCUUAAUAAGAACUAAUAAGUCCCUUAUAUGGCUAAGAGAAUUCACUGAAUGGCUGGGUGUUUUUUUUGUUUUGUUUUUUUUUACUAGUAAAAAAAAAUAAUUUAUUAUUCAAAUUGUUUUAUUUAUGUGCUGAAAAUGUACAAAGCAAUAAAAAAAUAUUUCCAUAUGUUUGGAUCAUUAAAAGAAUCUUAUCUUAUUUAGUAUAGGCCUUAUAUGUAUGGGCUGGGGUCAACCAUAAUUGUCCCACAAAUUUUAAGUAUUACUGAAUAGAAAAUUUUUCAAGAUUCCCUUCUUCUUCUUCAUCUUCUUCUAUAUCUUAAGGGCCCACGAUCAAUUUAUUGAUCAUUUUGGCUCCUAUCCAUGUAGAUGGGAUUUGCAAUGUUUCUGUUACUGGUGGUGAUGAGGAAAUUAUGCACUAGGGGUUUGAAGGCUUGAGGCAAUAGACACAAAUGUGUCUAGUGUUGUCGCCUCAACUGUUCCUUUUGAAAGAUGGUGCCAGUCCCUGAUUGUCUUGGGCAGGAAUGAGCAGCUCCUAUACUGGCUUCUUGCUGGUAUGAGCCUGAAUUGCCUGUCAUGGCCUCGUCGCUGUCUAUGGGGGAGAGGGACGAGUUUCUGUUUAAUACUGGAACAGUGGACCAGCCCAUUAUUUAUCUUGUACAUCAUGGAGAGCCUGGAUUGUCGUCGUCGUUUCUCCAAUGGUGACCAGCCUAGUGUUUCUAGCAUGCUGCCAACACUAGAGGUAUUCCUGUAGCGGUUUAGGACAAAGCGUGCUGCUCGUCGCUGGACCGCCUCCAACCUGUCAAUGCUCUUCUGGGUAAAUGGGUCCCAGACUGAAGAUGCAUAAUCUAAAAUCGGACGGAUAAAGGCUUUAUAUGCUCUUUCUUUCACACAGGAGUUGCCAAUCUUUAGAUUUCGCCUUAAGAACCCCAAGGCUUGGUUUGCUUGGUUACAUACAUUGUUAAUAUGCUCGUCCCAGCGGACCUCUCUUUGAAUGGUAACACCCAGGUACUUUACGGAGGAAACUUGCUCAAGAAUAUGGCCGUGCAGUUUGUAUUGGUAGUGUAGAGGAGUACAACUUCUAGAGAUUGAUAGUGUCUGGCACUUGGCAGGGUGAAAUUCCAUGUCCCAGCUCAUCUCCCACUCAGCUAACAGAUUGAGAUCCUGUUGUAGCUGGUCCUGGUCAGAUCUGUUGGCGAUCGUCCUAUACACUGCUGUGUCAUCUGCAAACAGUCUUGCCUGUGAUGUCAGUUUCUCCGGUAGGUCAUUAAUGUAUGCUAGGAACAAACAGGGGCCCAGGACUGAUCCCUGGGGGACCCCUGACUUCACAUUGACAAAGGAGGAGCUUGUACCGCCCACCACUACUGCUUGGCGUCGGUGGCUGAGGAAGCUAGAGAUCCAUGUUUUAGUGGUGCCUUGAAUCCCAUAUAUCUGGAGUUUGUGUAGAAGCAAACUAUGAUUCACCCGGUCAAAUGCUUUUGCGAAGUCCAUUACUAGCACAUCAGUCUGCUUGUGGUUCUCCAGAUUGGUCAUCAAGUCUUCUACAAAUUCGAGAAGCUGGGUCUCACAUGACCUAUUGACUCGGAAGCCAUGUUGACAGUCAUUGAGUAUAUUUUUGCUUUCAAGAUGCUUCAUGACAGAGCUUACGAUUAUGUGCUCCAACAAUUUGCAGACGACGCUAGUGAGGGAUAUCGGACAAUAGUUGGCAGGGUCGGAAUGCUCCCCUUUCUUGUAAAUUGGAGUGACAUGCGCUGUUCUCCAGGCUGCUGGAACAUUUCCUGUGCAUAGUGACGAUUGGAAGAGGAUUGUCAGUCCUCCCCCACACCUUCAUCUCACAUGGAUGGUCCAUAUCCUAUAACUAGGCUUUUUGUCUUAGCUUGUAACUAAAUUGUAACACCUAAUUAAUAUUUAUUAUUUAUCGAAUUAAUUUUCUAGAUUUAUUAAACUGCAAUGCAACGUGACAUUUAAAAAUUAAAAUAUAUAAACUAUUUGGUAUAUAGGCCUUGAAUAAUUUCAUAAAAUUGUUAAAAUUCAGUAAUCUCUAUUAGCAUCCCAUCUCAUUAACCAGAAGGGACGUAUAAGAAUUAAAUGAUUACCCAAAGCUCGCCAACAUAUACAACACAAUUAGCUUACAUAUAUCAUUGAUAAGCCCUGGCUUAAAAUACUAUUUGUAUCAUAAAAACAAUUGGAAGAUUGUCAGGUCACUAGAGAAAGGUUGGAGGGCUGCAUGCUCCCUACAUUCUGCAAGGUUGAGAACCCUAAUCUAUAUAAUAAAUCUGAUGAUAACUCAAAUUGUUUCUUUUUAGGAACAUUGAAAAUCAUUUAAUAGUGUCCACUGAUGAGGAGGAGUCAGAUUCACAGUCAGUUAGUAGCCAUCGAGCAACAAGACAACAGCGUCGUCCCACUAGACGGCACAUUCACAUAUCAGUUUCACAGGAAAACCUUGCUAAAUAUGGAAGCCGACGGGGCAUUAGGCAUGCUCGCCGAGUUGAUAACUGUAAGUAAUGAAGAAUUUUCAGAAGCAUAAACUUAUGAGCAUUCUUUAUUAUUGAAAUAGCAGAACAAGGUGUGUGGAAGCUUGAAAUAGAAAUACAGGUCAUUAAAAGGACGUUUCGGCUAUUUCCUUCACACAUCGCAGAACGCAGUCCUUCAUUUAUUAUCCUUUAUUUUUUUAAAUACAAUUAUACUUUGAGCAUACAGUCUAAAUAUAGGUAAUCUUAAUUUGAAAUUUACAAAGCAGAUGGAUCUUCUUAAAAAAUCAUGGUUUAGCCUCUAGUUUAGGGAAAUAGUUCUUAAAUCUCUUUUGGAAAUAUUGGUUAAUGGACACACCUAAAACCCUCACCACCAAUUCCCUAAACUGAGAAGAACUAGUCUAGAAAUAUAUUAAUAAGUAUUACAUUUAACAUUAUGUCUUCUUAGUGAGAUUUCUGUUAAACCUUGAAGAAAAAGAUGAAGACAUUGUGAUGAAUGACCCUGCAUCAACCUUUGAACCAAGCGCCUCUGUUUUUGAAGAGUUAUUUGACGACCCAGAUAAAAUGGAUGUGAGUACAGGAGGACAACUCUUAAGUUCAUUUCAUAAUUUUUAUUUCUGGGCAAAGUUUAGGUAUGAGUGUCAUUUGCUACAUUUAUCUCAAGAGCUGUCAUCAAACCAUUAUUGAGUAUAUUUUAUUUUUUUUUUAAAUUUGUUUUUCAUUUUAUGUACCGUGUAUGUCAAACUAAUUUUAGCUAAAUUUAGUUUUAUUCAACUGAGUUUAAUUUUUGUAUCCACAUAGCUCUCUGGCAAUUGAAAGUUCUGAACUUAUACAUCCAGCAUCAAUAAUAAUUAAUACUGAUUAACAACCUUAGUUACAGAAGAAGUUAUGCACUUUAUAAUUUUAGUAUUCAAGCAUAAGCAAAUUUCUGGCUUUAAAUAAAAAUAUAUGAAUUUUAUUAUGAUGCUUUACAAAAUGUGCUGCUAAAUAUAGAUGUCAAUUCAUCUUUAACUGUGGGUAGAAUUGUGUCCACUGAAUCUUCUGUUUUUAUAAUGAUGGGUGAAUGGGUGAAAGUGCCAACAUGUAGUGUAAAAAAUUUGUUGAAAAAAAAGGUAUGCUGUACCAUUAUUAAUUUGUGACAUUUGCGUUUAAGAGAAAAAUAUGGCAAAAAUCACAUGAUGAAAAAUGGUUAUAAAGUGAUAAGAAACUGGAAUUUCUUCCAUCAUUAUAUGUAUAAUGCAUACCCCUAACUUUCUUUUUGAAAAAAUCCCUAUAGUGCCAUAUUGACAUAUAAUGCAAUCUGUUAAUCUUCUUCAAUAAGAUUUAUUAAAAUAUUUUUUUUUCUAAUCAAUAUGUCAAAAUUCUUUAAAGUAAUAUUUUUAAAAUGAACUGAUCAUACUGAUAGAAUUUAAUAUGCUAAUAUCCCUUCAAAGAGAUGCUAAAUUAAUUUCUGGUGUUAUGCGCAGAUAAGAUGCGUACUCGGUCGCCAAAUAAGAGUGAGCAAAGAAAAUUUUGGUUGCGUAGGCAUUAGUAUAUAUUCAUUAUAUUCCAACCAGUAAUGAAAAAUUACUUUCCCUUCUGUAUACUUUUAAGUAGCAUUUUAAGCUUAAGUUUAUCACAUUAUACACUGUCAUAUAUGGUACACAAAACUAAAUGUGCUUUUGCCAACUUCUUAACAAAAUAUUUUUUUCAAGACAUACAAAAUUAAAUUUUAUUUCAUUCACUUUAGUCUUAUUUAUUUAUAAAGAAAAGAGAAUCAUGCGUUGAGGCUUAACAGUAAUUUUUUUAAGGUUUUCUUUAAAGAAAUAGACACUGUUUAUGUAUUCUCUGUGUUUAGCCGAUUGAGUCAUUGGUAUGAGCUUUGUUAAAUUCUAGCCUUUAAUAUUAUAAAAACAAAUGAGGGCACAAUGAAACAUAAUUAUUUUUUUAUUUCAUUCCACAAUUUCAGCAGGUUGGUUCCAAUAUGAGCUUGUUAAGUUGUAGAUGGGCAUUAGGCCAACAUUCCCACUCAUUUUUCCUCAGAUGUGGAACAGCUUUGUGGAAAGUUCUGAGGAAGAGCAGAGGAAAAUCCUGAACUACCGAGGUCUGCAUGUGAUAAAAGAGGAUGACGAGGUGGAGUUUGAAGGUGGCCAGGUGACAACUGAUGAAGACAACUGGGUCAUGAUCUUAGAUGAGAGAAGUGGUAACUCUUGAUUUAAUCACAUUUUCUCAAACACAAGUUUAACUGGCAAGUGACCCAGUGGUUUUUAAUUCUAGUUCUAUUGAAAGGAAAUUGAGAGUAAAUGGUAACUCAGAAAAUACAAAUGUUGUUUGCCAUUAUUUACAUCACAAUUAUUACAACUAUUUCAUGAAAUGGAUAAUUUAAAUAAAUAUUUAUCCUCAAUAGAUACAUGAAAAAUGUGUCUGAGAUUCUGUUGUUGCUAUUAUUUUCUAAGCUAGAUGGCAGCACAGUGUGUCACAUAUUUGUGAAUCACAUGUGAAUGAAGAUAUUUCUUAAUAUUAUUAUGUAACUUGUGUUAUUAAAUUACUUAUGAAAAACUUUCAGACCACCCAGCAUUCAGCCCCGUGCAAUGCUACAACAGAGUAGACAGAAAUAUUAGAUCCCUUCUCAAGCGCAGACAGCUCCCUAUGGUGAGCUUUAAGUUCAGCUAUCUUUUGGGUGAUGUAAUCAUGAAUCAUUGUUACACAUAAUAUCGACACUAUCUCUUGCAUUUCCAGCAACAUUUUAUCACCUGCUGAAGUUUCAGAUAAGAGAUGUGUGACAUUCUAAUAUUGUCCGAUGACUAGAACAGUAGCACCAUCAAAUAAUAGGUUAAUUAAAUUUGAUUGGUUUGCUGUUAUUACUUUAUGUUAAUCUCCUUAUCAAAAGAUUAGAAAUUUGUUUUUUGAUCUCCCUAACAGAAUCGUUUUUGUCAUUAUUAAGAAUAAUUUUAGGAAAUUUUUUGUAGGGCUGUAUAUACUAUUGAAAAAUAUUUAAAUAAACAAUCUGUAAAUAAUUAUAGUUUGAUGAUGCUUUAAAAAAAAGCAUUUUUAACUAUAGAGUGCUGCUCAAAAUUAGGCUGUGGGGAAAAAGCAAACCAUCAAAAACUGAUUUAAUUUUCAUUUAAUUAUUUUUAAAAAAUCUGUUUUGUCUAUCCAGGGAAUGCUUGCCAACCUUGAGAGGGAAAUUGUCACAUUCUUCCAUGAUUUCCCCACCUCCGUCUUUGUGUCCAGCAUUUCCAGUAGCUUUGAGAGGAUGUUACUGCACGCGCUGUGCCAGUACCUGAACCUUUACUCCCAGAGUAAGUGAAGGAUGCAUUUCCAAAACAAUAUGGACAUUCAAUACAUAUCGGCUGAUAGUAUAAGUAUCAGUUUAAAAUUAAAUCUUAAAUAUUUAUUAAUUAAUCUUGCAUAAUGAGUCCUCUAAGAUAAGUCUGUUUACAUUUUAAAGGGAUGUUAUCAUAAAGAUUUGGUGUGUACUCAGUGUAGGCAUUGUGUUACUCAAACACUUGACCGACUUAGAAUACAACAGGGGGAAGUACUGUUCUCUUUGUGAUUACAAGAACUUUGGCCAGAUCUUUUAGUUUAGAUUAACAAGUGGCCCAGCUGACUUAAACAAUGAAACAUUAUUUGAUCACUUAAUUAUUUAACAUCAGAAAAAUGAUUGAUAAUUUUAUUUUAAAAAGUCUGAACUUUAAAAAUUGAAAAGCUUUUUCAUUUUUUAAAAAGAUUUCCACUUUUUAACUACACAGUCUGGCUCAUAAAUUGAAGAGCCCGUGUGUUUAAAUAGUUUAUCAAGAUGAUGUUUAUGUUACAAACUUACAGGUUAUGAUGAUGGUGAAUCUCGGAGGACACAAGUUGAGAAUCAUAACCAGCUUUUUCGCCCGCCCUCUCUGCUGUUAUCUGAAUACCUCCAGCAGAACCAGCGUGUGUUGUAAGAAGUGGCGUUGGCUCACUCAAAAGUGACGUCAUGGAUGACGACCUGAGACCUGCCAAUAUGUCAAGCCUCCCCUGGCAUCACCAUGGAUAAUCUCACUGAAAACACCAGUGUGGAAAAGAUUCUCAGAUGUUUUACUUUAGUCAUUGUACUUAUUUUCCUCUCCAUGGGGUAACCCUUGCUAUUAACAUGCAUUUCUCGCUCUGUGGCAAAAUUUAGAUGAUUCCUCCAUCAUUAAGAAUACAGGAAAAACUACAUAAAGGACCAUGUGUUAGGAAUUAAAAUAGUAACUAAAAGAACCUUGUGUUAGAGUCAGUUCACACGAUCAAAUGAGCUUCGAAUUUGAGUCCCAUGUUUGUAUGAACGCACUAUUUUGUGCAUGGUUUCUUUUUGUGGACAAAAAUGAGAAUUUAAUCAAAUAGUAAUUUGAAAGUUGUGACAUGGCUUCUUACAAAAAUCGCAUCAAAUGUAUAAAUGAAAAUUUGAAAGGCAUUUGAUCGUGUGACUUGAGCCUAAAAUAACAUGUGUUAGGCAUCAAAAAAAAUGUUGUUAGGGAAUAUAUGUUUAAAUGAGUUUUUUCCUUUUCUAAAUCAAAUUUUGAGUUAAUGAAGCUGUGAUAGCAAAAAUUUAUCAUUGUAAAUUUGUAUGUAUAGCUUACAUUUAUUUCUUGGUUUUAUGAUUUUUAAAAAGAAUUUUGUACUACCCAGUAAGAUGGUAUUUGGCAUUAUUAGAAUAGUUUUAUUUGAUUUAGCAAACAUUUGCUAUUUAAAUGUUUCAGCCAUACAGAACAUUGUGUUGGCUAAUAAUAAUUUUUCUUUUGUUUCAAUAUUAAAAACCUGACAUUAUUAACUUCCUAAAAAUAAAAAAAAUCUCAAUACCGUUGAGUUUAAGUAUUGGUCAUCAUAUUAAUUUCUAUAAACGUUUUAUUUUACUUAUUUUAAAAUAUAAUAUUUUUUAUUUUAACUCUCUGCAGUCUGACACUUUUUUCACAUUUCUUAAAAAUCUUAAUGUGAUUUUUUAAAAUAAUUAAUUAACUGAUCUGAAAUAGCUCUGAUCUGAUCAGUUAAAUAUAUUAACUUGUUCAUCUUUGACUCAGCUAUCAUAAGAUAUUUUUUGUAUAUUUUAUUUUCUUAGUUAUAAAAAUAAUUGAAACAUUAUUGGAGAAUUAUUUUUUUUCAUUUUAUGCAAAAAUUUGACAAAAUCUUUACACAGUAUGAAGGAAAAAAAAAAUCCUUGUUAUAAAAGAUUUAAAAUUUAUUUAAAUAAAAUACUUCAUCAACUAAUACAAUUCAUAGUCAAACAUGACAAAAAUUCUUUGAACAAUCAAAAAGUUGUCAACAUUUUAGCAAAACCUAUAUUUUGUCUUUUUUUCCUAAAAAAUGCACUAUAAUUUUUCUUUUAAUGAAAAUUAUGUUUUGUAUGUAAUAUAUUUUAAAAAAUGGGUCUCAUAGCUUAUAGAUUUGUAUAUUAAAUAUAUUUCUUAAUAAUUCUUGAGUAAAAGAUGACUAAGUAAAAUUUGAUGAAUAUAUAAAUAACUCAAAACAAGAGUCAAUUUUUUUUUUUUUAAUUUUAAAAUAGCGGUAUUCGCUGAUGUUAAAGUUAAAAAAAAUUAAAAUGUAUCAGUACAAUAAUGCUAAUUUUGAUAUACAUGUCAAAUACGAUCCAUUCCUCACUAAUGUGAUCUAUUUUUUCCCAUGUACCGGCAUUUUUAUAUAUCUUUGUUAUAAUCCUCACAUAACACAGGCUGAUAAACUACAUUAUUCCUUAAUUAUAUUUAUGGACUCUGAACAAAUAUUAUUUCUUAAAACAGUCUGCAGUUUUAUUAUAAUAAUUAUAUUUGAUAAAUAAAAGCUUGUCCUGGACUUGAUUUCUACAUAAGAUUAGGUAAGAUUUUUCACCACAGAAUAUUCACUCAAUAAAGAACCUGUGGAAAAAAAAAAUUUGAUUGAUUCAUAAAUAAAUUAACACUAAUGGUAUCAGUAAUGGUAUGCUAUCAGUAAGGGAAAAUACCAUUAAUCCUAGUCCAAGUGCCUAAAUUAGUAUAAAAGUAAACCAUUGUACAUAGAAAAUACAUUAUAACAUAUGUUAUAACAAUAUUGUGAGUUUAUUCUUUAUGCAUUUUGCUACCAAGUGAUUAGAUUAAAACUUACCACCACUUGUUUUUAGGGUAAAAUCUUCAAAGAUAUUCAUCCAGUAACUCUGUAACUCAGUAAAAGGGUGGAGUCCAGGCUUAAUAUUUAGGAUCAAUAAGGAAUAAGGGCUUCUUGAUCCAAUAUCUGCAUUUUUGUCUCUCUCUCCUCCUUCCCAAUAGAGUUAGAGAG